AUGGCUCACCAUCAGAAUGACGAAAAAGCCUUGGGAGAGCCGACUGUGAUUCAAUCUACUGAGGUUCCUCCCCUCGAGAAUGUCUCCUCUAUCGCGUUCGCAGGCACCGUUGUCGGAAUGCUUUUCUUCGGUGUCCUGAGUGACCGCUGGUCCCGCAAGGGUGCUUUGCUGACCUCAACUGGCGUCCUGAUUCUCUUCGCAAUUCUUUGUACCGCGUCAUACGGCGCCCAUGGAAGGACCUACGGUCUUUUCUCUGCCCUCGCCGCCUCUCGCUUCUUCCUUGGUAUCGGUAUUGGUGGAGAGUACCCUGCUGGAUCGGUGGCAGCCGCCGAAAGCAGUGGUGAAUUGAAGAAGGGCCAUCGCAAUCGCUGGUUUAUCUGGUUCACCAAUUUGCAGAUCGACUUUGGCUUUGUUGUGGCUGCCUUUGUCCCCAUGAUUCUGGUCUUGAUCUUUACGGAAAACCACCUGCGAGCCGCCUGGCGUGUGGCUUUGGGUCUGGGUGUUAUUCCUCCUCUCAGUCUGCUCUAUCUCCGACUCAGGCUGAAGGAGCCCGAGGAAUUCAACCGGGAACGUAUGCACAAGUUUCCAGUCUCGCUAAUCAUCAAGUUUUACUGGAAGCGCUUGGUAUUGUCUUGGUUGCAUGAAUGGUGGAACUUACUUACCUUGGGCCCUGAGCUUGUGGUGUCCUUUAUCUGGUUCAUCUAUGACUUUUCUGCUUAUUCUUUCGGCAACUACUCGUCCGCAUGGCUCGCGAUCAUCCUUGGCCACUCGGCUCCCCUUUGGAAGAGCUUUGGAUGGAAUACCGUGAUUAGCCUCUUCUAUAUCCCGGGGGCUAUCAUAGGUGCGUUUGUUAGUGACUGGAUUGGCCCGCGCAAGACCUUGGCAAUUGGCGUAUUCCUUCAGGGAGUCGUCGGGUUCAUCAUGUCUGGCUGCUACCAGUACUUGAAUACGGCAAAGAAUGUGGCAGCAUUCGUUGUUAUCUAUGGAAUCUUCCUGGCUCUGGGCGAAGGUGGCCCUGGCGAUAACAUUGGCUUGUGUGCCGCCAAAACGAGUGCUACAUGCAUUCGCGGCCAGUACUAUGGUAUCGCUGCGGGCGUUGGAAAGAUUGGUGCUUUUGUUGGCACCUACGUCUUCCCAGUCAUCCAGGAUCGUGCUCCAAACGCCAUCAGGGCUGGCCAGGACCCAUUCUUUGUGUCCAGCGCUCUCUGCAUCUUUAGCGCUUUCCUGGCCAUUUUCUUGCUGCCCCAUAUCGGACAGGACACCAUCACCGAGGAGGACAACAAGUUCCGUGAAUACCUUGAAGAGAAUGGGUACGAUACAUCUACCAUGGGUGUCAAAAAGGGUUGA